CGACCGCCAUCUGCGCGCGAGAGGGAAGAAGAACCGAGUGGGUAGCGGGGGGGGGGCGAUUACCAGGAUUAGGCACCGCCGCUGCCGAACUGCUAACAGAAACCGUGGCAGCAAAUUAAUUAUACAGUUGAUGUAAGACUGCUGUAACAGAUCGCAGGAGAACACCAGGAUCGUCACAUAAACAUCGCGGCUCUAGGCCUCGGGACACAGCCAUCGAUUGAUUGGGACGGUGAGUCAAGGGAGACCCGGUUAAAACCUGCCCCGAAAGAGGAAGCGGCCUGGAGUGAGCUACACCCGGAACGAUAGCAUGGCGGCGUCGGUCGGUGGUGUGACCGACAGCACAGGGUUAGCAGAACUGGCGCAUCGUGAAUACCAAGCUGGAGAUUUCGAAGCAGCUGAGAGGCACUGCAUGCAACUUUGGAGACAGGAGCCUGAUAACACUGGUGUGCUGCUACUUCUCUCCUCCAUACAUUUCCAGUGUCGCAGGCUGGACAGGUCUGCUCACUUUAGCACUCUGGCUAUCAAACAGAACCCCAUGUUGGCAGAGGCCUACUCGAACUUGGGUAAUGUCUAUAAAGAGCGUGGACAACUUCAGGAGGCUAUUGAACAUUAUCGACACGCCCUCCGGCUCAAACCAGACUUUAUCGAUGGGUACAUCAACCUUGCGGCAGCACUGGUUGCAGCAGGAGACAUGGAGGGAGCAGUGCAAGCCUAUGUAUCUGCUCUACAGUACAACCCUGAUUUGUAUUGUGUUCGCAGUGACCUGGGGAACCUCCUUAAAGCCCUGGGUCGCUUAGAAGAAGCCAAGGCUUGUUACCUGAAAGCGAUUGAAACUCAGCCAAACUUUGCUGUUGCCUGGAGCAAUCUUGGAUGUGUGUUUAAUGCCCAGGGAGAGAUCUGGCUAGCUAUCCACCACUUUGAAAAGGCUGUUACCUUGGAUCCCAAUUUCUUGGAUGCUUACAUCAAUUUGGGAAAUGUCCUGAAGGAGGCUCGCAUUUUUGACAGGGCUGUUGCUGCAUACCUGCGUGCUUUGAGUCUGAGUCCUAAUCACGCAGUUGUUCAUGGAAACCUGGCUUGUGUCUAUUACGAACAAGGGCUGAUUGAUUUAGCCAUUGACACAUACAGAAGAGCCAUUGAACUGCAACCCCACUUUCCAGAUGCCUACUGUAACCUGGCUAAUGCACUGAAGGAGAAGGGAAAUGUUGCUGAAGCAGAGGAAUGCUACAACACGGCACUGCGUCUCUGUCCCACACAUGCGGACUCUCUCAACAACUUAGCAAAUAUCAAGAGGGAACAAGGGAACAUUGAGGAGGCUGUACGAUUGUACCGGAAAGCUCUAGAGGUGUUUCCAGAAUUUGCAGCUGCCCAUUCGAACCUGGCCAGUGUGUUGCAGCAGCAGGGUAAACUGCAGGAGGCGUUAAUGCACUAUAAGGAGGCUAUCCGAAUCAGUCCAACCUUUGCUGAUGCUUACUCAAACAUGGGGAACACACUCAAAGAAAUGCAAGAUGUACAGGGUGCCUUGCAGUGCUACACAAGAGCAAUUCAGAUAAAUCCUGCAUUUGCUGAUGCUCACAGCAACCUGGCCUCAAUCCAUAAGGAUUCAGGAAAUAUUCCAGAAGCUAUUGCUUCUUACAGAACUGCCUUAAAGCUAAAGCCAGACUUCCCAGAUGCCUAUUGUAAUCUGGCGCACUGCUUGCAGAUUGUAUGUGAUUGGACAGAUUAUGACGAGCGGAUGAAGAAAUUGGUCAGUAUCGUAGCUGACCAACUGGAGAAAAAUCGACUGCCAUCCGUGCAUCCACACCACAGCAUGCUGUACCCGCUGUCUCAUGCCUUCCGUAAAGCCAUUGCUGAGAGACAUGGAAAUCUCUGUCUUGACAAGAUUAAUGUGCUUCACAAGCCACCAUAUGAACAUCCAAAAGAUUUGAAAUCUAGUAAUGGACGUUUGAAAAUUGGUUUUGUGAGUUCAGAUUUUGGGAACCACCCCACCUCUCAUCUGAUGCAGUCAAUCCCUGGGAUGCACAAUUCUGAAAAAUUUGAGGUUUUUUGCUAUGCAUUGAGCUCUGAUGAUGGCACUAAUUUUCGUGUGAAGGUAGUUGCUGAAGCUAAUCAUUUUGUGGACCUAUCCCAGAUCCCAUGCAACGGCAAAGCAGCCGAUCGUAUCCAUCAAGAUGGAAUUCACAUUCUUGUUAACAUGAAUGGAUACACUAAAGGAGCACGGAAUGAACUGUUUGCUCUCCGUCCAGCUCCUAUACAGGCAAUGUGGCUCGGUUAUCCUGGAACAAGUGGAGCGCCAUUCAUGGAUUACAUUAUAACUGACAAGGAAACAUCACCACUUGAUCUGGCAGAGCAAUACUCAGAAAAGCUAGCCUACAUGCCCAACACCUUCUUUAUUGGAGAUCAUGCCAACAUGUUCCCACACCUGAAGAAAAAGGCUGUGAUCGACUUCAAGUCAAAUGGACACAUUUACGAUAAUAGAAUUGUUCUGAAUGGUAUUGAUCUGAAGGCAUUCCUGGACAGCCUGCCUGAUGUCAAAGUAGUGAAGUUGAAAUGUCCUGAUGGUGGAGACAACUCUGAUACAAACUCUGCACUUUCAAUGCCUGUUGUUCCAAUGAAUACUGCAGCUGAAGCCAUUAUCAACAUGAUCAACCAAGGGCAAAUCCAGGUCACAAUCAAUAACUUCACAGUCAGCAAUGGACUGGCAACAACACAAAUCAACAACAAGGCAGCAACUGGAGAGGAGGUACCACGCACAAUCAUCGUUACAACACGGUCACAAUAUGGCUUGCCAGAAGAUGCUAUUGUUUAUUGCAACUUCAACCAGCUUUAUAAAAUUGAUCCAUCUACCCUGCAAAUGUGGGCCAGUAUCCUAAAGCGGGUUCCUAACAGUGUGCUGUGGCUACUUCGAUUCCCUGCAGUGGGAGAACCCAACAUUCAACAGUAUGCCCAGAGCAUGGGACUAUCUGCUAACCGUAUUAUAUUUUCACCUGUCGCCCCAAAAGAGGAGCAUGUGAGGCGGGGACAGAUGGCCGAUGUUUGCCUGGACACUCCACUCUGUAAUGGACACACCACGGGAAUGGAUGUACUCUGGGCAGGGACACCAAUGGUGACUAUGCCAGGUAUGUGUAACGGGGAAACACUGGCAUCCCGUGUUGCUGCCUCACAGCUGAUGUGUUUGGGAUGUCCAGAACUGAUUGCAAAGACCAGACAAGAGUAUGAGGAUAUUGCUGUUAUGUUGGGCACAGAUAUGGAAUAUCUGAAGAAGAUCCGAGGAAAGGUGUGGAAACAAAGAGUGAGCAGCCCGCUGUUCAACACCAAACAAUAUACUAUGGAUCUGGAGCGCCUUUACACACAGAUGUGGGAGCAUUAUGCUGCAGGCAACAAACCAGAUCAUAUGAUCAAGCCACUUAAAGCUAUGGAGACAAAUGAAACUGCUUGAACUUGCUCCAUUGUUGGAGCCUUGUGACUUUGACAUGAGAAUACUGAUCUGCAUCCUCCGCUCCAAUGACCCAUCACAUACAGAUUGUUUUGAGUGUUUUUUUUGAGACAAGUCAAAUUCUGGCAAUAACACAUUUUCAUGCUAUCCCAGAGUGACUCUUCAAAGAUUGAACCCUGUUAUUGAAAGAUUGUUGGAGUUGAACCAAGCUGAAAUAGGUUGUACACCAUUGCAGUAACACAACCUCUGAUUUAAAUUGAGUAACGGUAUUCUUUAUAGAGGUGAAUCUGAAAAUAUUUGUAAUGCUACUUAGUCAGAACUUCACAUUAAUGAUUAGAAGAUAAAAGUCUGAUAUUACCAUCUCAUCGCUACUCAAAUAGCAGAGACUUCCUUUUGAAUGUCUGAAGGCCUGAUUGCUGGAUGGGUUCAUUAAGGCCUUAGACUAACUCUUUAAAGAGGUGUUGUUAUGUUUUAAUGUCCCUGUCAAAUUAUUUUUAUAAAUCAUAGAGGCUCCUUUUCUUGUCAGUCUUUGUGCUCUCUGCCUUUUCAGGCUUUUUAGUUGCAACGUCAUUGUACUUCUGUUGGAAACUGCUUUCCACAUUGAAAAGGAAUUGUGUCAAAUGACAAUGUAUGUCUGUAUUGCUUAUUUGUUCCAGUUCUUCAAGUGAUGCAGCAGGGUGCAAAUUACCAGUUGCCUUGUGUUGGCUGGAGAAUGUAUUUCACCGUGUGUCAGAUACAAACUCAAGUGAUGCAAUGGAAUGCAUUUCCUUAUUUGGCCCACAUAAGCAUGAGUGAGGAUGUAGUAUGUGUUUCUAUGCAUGACCAUGCAGGUGUAAUAAUUGUAGAAAGUAGCAGUGCUACAACUGUCGCUGAGGUCUGGAAUUAAGUUUUGGAAACUGGCCUAUUGCCGAACAGUUUGGGAAAAAUUAAAACCAGUCUGGAGAAUGGUUGCUCUUCCUCACUAAAUGAACUCAUUUGAUUUUUGUAGGAUCAUUUUGUGAAGGGCUAAGGAUUCUCUUUGCCCCCCCAGGUAAGUAUCUCAUCAGUUAUUAUUAUGUAGACUUAGCAAUUUUGUGUGAUUUUUAGCCAAAUAAUAUUUAGUGAUGACUCCUUUUGCACCUGUACUGACAUAUGUUUAAAAAAAAAUUGUUGAUGUUUUUGGAAGAUUUUCUUUUGCUGUCAUUCAAGUUACUUGCUCAAAAGUAUAACAGAGUUGCUUUGAGUUUAUUCUCAGGUCUGUGUCAAAAAUCACUUCAAUUUGAUCCCUCAACACUUUAAUGUAACAUUAGGUUUGCUGGGAGCACCAAGUAGGAUGAUUGUAAAUACUUACAUUAAACUGUCCCUCUUCUGCCUGAUCGCCCACACCUCCUGUGGAGUGCAAUUGAACAAAGUGAACGUGUUUGUUUUAUAUGUAAUGAAACCAGAUCAUUUGCAACUGAUAGAAUCCCAUACAUCUUUAUUGAAAGAAGACAUAAUGUCUGGUUUAUGAUGGUCAGUGGGUUAAUAAAAUAUUGAUUUUUUUUUUAUUUAAAACAAAUAAAAUAAACAAUGGAUGGUGAUACUGAAGUUGGGAGAGGCGGCAACAAAGGCAGGUGAGCAUUUUCUGAAAGAAUCUCAUUUCAUUGGGUCUGAUGGCAACUUUGCAAUAUCUGAGGUGGAAUUUUUUAUUAUUAACUGCUGCGUGCUUAGAUUUAUUUUGGUUAAUUUUUCCAUUUUUUCCUAUAGUGUCAGCUAUUUUAACAUGCCUCUAACAUUUUAUUGGUACAGACAUUGAGACCUCCAAUAUUUGCAUUGUCUGGAUUUCAGGCUGUUUAUGUAUGAAGCUGUAAAUACAUGUGAAUGAGAAUCUAAUGUAUCUCUGUGUACAAUUAUAAAGCAGCUGGAUGCUUUACUGGA